AUAGCAUGCCUUGUAAGCUCAAGCAUCGUAUAAUAUUUUCUGGCCUAUAAAAACAUUACUUUGUCAACAUCCUUCAUUGUUUGUUUUCAAUUAAGAGAGGAAGCAGGCAUCGAAGAUCAUCAAAGAUGAAACUCAUUUUUUGUAUUAUAUCCAAACUUCUCAUACUGCUAUGUCUAUCAGUUGCAUGCCUUUCUCAGGACUUUGAUUUCUUCUACUUUGUUCAGCAGUGGCCAGGAGCAUACUGUGACACAAGGCAGAGCUGCUGUUAUCCUAAGACUGGGAAACCUGCUGCAGAUUUCAGCAUUCAUGGACUUUGGCCUAACUACAAUGAUGGCUCCUGGCCCUCUAACUGUGACCCUGACAGUGUCUUUGAUAAAUCUCAGAUCUCAGAGCUUAUUAGCAGCAUGGAGAAGGAGUGGCCAUCCUUGAGCUGCCCAAGCAGCAAUGGGAUGAGGUUCUGGUCACACGAAUGGGAAAAACAUGGCACUUGUGCACAAUCUGAGCUUGAUCAAACCGAGUACUUUGAAGCAACUCUCAAACUCAAGAAAAAACUAAACCUCCUUAAGAUCCUCAAGAAUGCAGGGAUUGAACCAGAUGAUGAAUUUUACAGUCUAAAUAGCAUAACAAAUGCCAUAAAAGAGGGCACUGGGUUUACCCCUGGAAUAGAGUGUAACAGAGAUUCAGCUCGUAACAGUCAACUCUACCAAGUUUACAUGUGUGUGGACACUUCUGGGUCAGAUUUCAUUGAGUGUCCUUUGCUUCCAAGGAGCAAAUGUGGUGAAGAAAUUCAAUUUCCCAAGUUUUAACAAAAUUUAGUUCACUAGUUCAUCGUCUUUUUCCUUCUUCAUUCUUCUCUAUCACAUAUGUGCUUCAUUUGGAGCACUAAGUUGUUUAAGUCUUUGAUGCUUGCUUAUAUUGAUAUAAAGUGGUGGAGAUGAUUAGUUUCAGAAAGUCAAUAUCAAUCAAUUUUAAUUGCA